AUGGCUGAUGCUUCAGGCGCCGAAGAUCUGACGAUUACUUUCCACGUCAAGUCGUCUGGCGGACAGAAGUACACUCUAUCCGUACCUCUCUCAACAACCACAAUCGACCUAAAGAACAAGCUUGCGACCGAGGAAUAUGCCAAUGUCCCUGCGUCGGCCCAGCGAUUGAUUUACAGCGGCAAAGUAUUGAAAGACCACGAAACACUGGCGCAGCAUAAUGUGAAAGAAGGGAACACCAUGCACCUGGUCAAGAGUGCCGCAAGUAAUCAACGACAGAAUCCAGCAGCGCAAUCUUCUACUUCCAAUUCCUCGCCUGGUGCAGCACCGCCAGCUGCCGGGGUACCGCAGAAUCUGGCCUCGGGCACUGGAAACGAUCCUCUGGCCGGUUUGACCGGUGCGAGAUAUGCGGGCUUUGCACAGCUUCCCAGUGCCAGCAUGUUGCAGGGACCACAAAGUCCAGAAGAUUUUGUGCGGCAGUUAGAAGAUCCAAACUUUCAGCAAAUGAUGCGAGAAGCCAUGAACAACCCUCAAGUUAUAGAUAUGAUGAUCAACCAGAGUCCGCAGCUGAGAGCAAUGGGGCCGCAAGCCAGGGAGAUACUGCAAUCCGACUAUUUCCGCCGCGUCAUGACAGACCCUCAGGCGAUUCGAUCGAUUAUGCAGAUGCAGCAAGUCAUGGGAGUUGGUCCAUUUGGUGCUAGCGGCCAAGAGGCUUUCCCGGCACCUGGUGUUGUCAAUACCACCGACACGCCAAAUACUGGGAGUGACUCAAACCCCCCAGCAGGACAGCAGCAACAAGCUCAGCAGAAUCCUUUCGCUGCGUUUGGUGGAGGUGACGGUCUAGGUGCGAAUCCGUUUGCUGCGCUUGCAGGUGCUGGUGCCGGCGCGAAUCCGUUUGCUGCCCUUGCGGGAGGUGCUGGUGCUGGUGCUGGUGCCGGUGCUGGUGCCAAUCCAUUCGCUGCGUUUGGAGGAGGUGCUGGCGCAGGUGCCAAUCCGUUCGCAAGCCUAUUCCACCCCUUUCCAAAUCCCAGCCAAAGCACGACGACACCCACGUCGCAGAACAACACUGCUUCGCAGACCGAGGGGGCGACGCCGACCGGUCAAGGCCAACAGCAGCAACAGCAACAGCCACCAAACCCUUUCGCCGCGUUAUUCGACCCUGCAUUGUUCGGCCAGGUGCAACAAGGUACUAACCCUGGUACCACCUCGCCACCUCCUGUGAAUCCCUUUGUACCUCAGAAUAAUCCAUUUUUGCAGAACCCGGAGGCCAUGGCUCAGUUCAUGCAAGCUAUGGGUGGUGGCGCGGGUACCGGAGCCAAUACUGGGAAUCUAUUCGAUCUCCUUGGAGCCGGACGGCCAACGUCACCACCCGACAAUCGACCACCGGAAGAACGAUAUGCUACUCAACUCCAGCAACUCAACGAUAUGGGCUUCUAUGAUUUUGACCGCAACAUUCAGGCACUGCGAAGAACUGGUGGCAGCGUGAACGGGGCCAUAGAGUAUCUGCUCAGCAAUCCCUGA